AUGUCUGCUGCAAAUUGUGCCGGGCAGGCCCGCGUCUGUUGUGGACUUCGAGAAGAAGAGCAAACGGCGCAGGCGCAGAGCGCCAGAUGUCGGCACUGGUGCAAGGCCUUCGCCCAGCGCAAAACCCAUUGUGCAGAAAGCCGCGCUCAAUGCACUGUUGACAAGAAUCUCCAAAGUUUGCUUCGGCACUGCCUGAGUGCAGAUAGGUCCGUUGCAACCUCCGCCCAACUCGUGGUCAUGAACUAUGCCUACAAUGCCGCGCCUUCCGUGCAGCAACGUAUUGCAGGAGCCACGUUGGAACUGAUGGGCUCUCUCGUGCAGUCAGGCAUUCAGGGCAAUGAAGAGCACAUAUGGAGGUGCGUCCAGACUCUUGUGAUCGUAUUGCGCUCACUCAGCGUGCGUGAGCGUCAGAAUUGCGUGUCCCUAUUUGUCAAGCUGUUGCCGGACCCAGUCUUUCCAAAACGGAAAGUCCUGGAAAAGCUGAAGAUGCUAUGGAUAGUCGACGACGAUCCCAGGCGAACCUACGCAGAUGCACUGCAGCAGCUGCGGAUUGCCGCAAAGUCCACCACCGAAGCAGAUGUGCAGCGCGAGCUGUACACACUCGUUUCCCUUGGCUGA